UCGGAAGAGCCAAUAGGAUCCAAAUUCGCGAUCGCCGAACCUCACAGAAGCAAAAUGAAGUUCCUCUUUUCGUUCUUUCUUCUCUCUGUUACUUCUCCCGCUCUGUUUCACGUUGCACUCGCCCGAGGCGGCCUCAAUCGCUCGAUUUCUCCAGGUUUCUGCUUUGCUUUCGACUAGGUUUCAGUAGUAGUGUAUAUGGCGCUUCUGCUAGAUUUUUACUGGACGACAAGAAAUCUCAAGAAAGUGGCAGCAUCUCACAAGGUUAUAUGACCAAUGAAGAGCUUGAAGAGGCCGUUAAAGCUUUUGGUCAAAGAUGUAGUAAAAUUUCUAGGAUAUACAGUAUUGGAGAAAGCGUGCAAGGGUUUCCACUGUGGGUAAUGGAAAUUUCUGACAAGCCUGGCCAAGAAGAAGCUGAACCUGCAUUUAAGUACAUAGGAAAUGUACAUGGAGAUGAACCUGUUGGCCGCGAGCUUCUUUUGCAAUUUGCAAACUGGAUAUGUGAUAAUUACCCGAAGGAUCCAUUGGCUACACUGAUUGUGGAGAAUGUUCAUCUUCAUAUACUUCCAUCUAUGAAUCCUGAUGGGUUUUCUCUUAGGAGACGUAACAAUGCAAACAAUGUCGAUCUAAACAGAGAUUUCCCUGACCAGUUUUUUGACAUCAAUGAUGAUGAGUAUGCACGACAACCAGAAACAAAAGCAAUCAUGAAGUGGAUUAGAGAUGUACAUUUCACUGCCUCUGCCAGUUUGCAUGGGGGUGCACUUGUUGCAAAUUUCCCAUGGGACGGCACUGCAGAUAAAAGGAAAUAUUACUAUGCGUGUCCUGAUGAUGAAACAUUCCGGUUCAUGGCUAGUGUCUAUAGUCGCUCACAUCAUAAUAUGUCUUUUAGCCAGGAAUUUCAGGGAGGAAUUACAAAUGGAGCUUCAUGGUACCCCAUAUAUGGUGGCAUGCAAGACUGGAACUAUAUACAAGGUGGCUGUUUUGAGUUAACUUUAGAGAUUACAGACAACAAAUGGCCUCCUGCUGAUGAGCUUGCUACCAUUUUUGAGUAUAACAAGUUGAGCAUGCUAAAUCUCGUAGCAAGUCUUGUUCAGACAGGAAUACAUGGAAGAAUUUUUUCAUCAGAUAGUGGAAGGCCGUUGCCUGCAACCAUUACACUCAAGGGCAUAGACUACUCGGUUAAAGCUAGUCAAAGGUUUGCAGACUACCACCGAUUAGCUGUACCAGGACAGAAAUAUGAAGUAAUCGCGACGACGCCUGGGUACAAGUCGAAGAAUACAAGCAUCUGGUUGGGGGAGGGAGCAAUGUCUCUAGACUUUGUUCUUGAUCCAGAAACCACGACCAAAGGGAAACUAAUGCAAAACACUUGGGACUGUGACUGUUACAGUAGGCUCGACUUUGUAGCCUAUAUUUGGGGACACUACUUCCAAGCAUAUGUUUUCUUGGCGGUUGUUUUGGUGUUUAUUUGCUUUUUAUUUCAGAGGAGAAUGAAAUUUAGACUUUCCAAGCAAAGAUUAGUGGCAGUGCCUAAGAGGAUUGUGGUCUGAGAUCAGUGUUUGUUUAGUUUAGUAUUAAAUUUAUUUCAUGCUAUUUUUCCAUCACUAGAGAAAUGAUUAUUGUAACACGACAGUUUUCUAAGGCCUUAGAAAAGGAAGAAAAGAUCUUUGGGUAAGUAUCUUUUGUACUUCAGCCUCAACAAUCUGAGUAAAUUAUGAUCGUAUGUACCA